GGAUAAUCGUGACUUUUUCCAGUGUGUAAAGAAGAAUGCGACACCUCGCUUGAGCCAGAGGGUAAUGUAGAAGUGACUACAUUCACCCUCGCUCCAACAUUGUUGUACUUAUCACAAACAAGAGGACCUAGUAGAAGUAGAAUUCCUAGUAUUUAAAAAGAACUUGCAAUACAAGAAAAUGACCGAAGCGAGUAUAAAAGCGGUGUCUGAGGCGCUUUCCGCCUUUCGCUUGGACGAGGUUGAGAUAGUCCAGUGGCACAAUUUUGAGGAGGGUGAGCGAACGCUGGAAUUCGACAAUCUUGGACUACCUUUUACCCCUGAUGCGAUUUCACCAGAUGACGUCGAGAAGUUGCUACUUCUAUUGCAAAAAUACAACACAGAAGCUAUCAAGGAAGGACGCAAAGGGAAUAAGGAAAAGACUGGCGGCAGGAAAAAAAACACGGGAGGAGAUGGGUCCGGUGGAAUAUUAUGGGACUAUUUUUUUGACUCUGAAUCCGGAGGCGCUCUCCAACGCAUCAAACAGCUCAUUCCGGUCCUCGCAUCGCUCAUAGCAAUACAGUCAGAUGAGGAGGUAAUAUUCUAGGAAGUGAUUUUUGAUUUCGACGAUUGAUUGCGCGGAUUAUGAUUCUCACGGCAGGGUCUCAUCAAGAAUAUCAAGCAUCAUGAUCUUAUCGACGUCCUUCAGGGCCUCCACGAACGACUGCAGGUCGGAGCUAGUAUGUGCUAUCUGGAGCUCCUAAUGGUCAAAGGAAAUUGUCCCAGUUGGAAUACAGCAUGCUUAAGGCUACAAGUUUCGAUUUGUAAAUUCUUACAGCUCGUCUCUGCUCGUCCGCUAAUUUUGAUUGCAGGACCCACUUGUGAUUUGGUCUUCGAUAAUGAUUCUGUGUCAAGGCUGUUUGGAUUCUCUAAUGUCGAGACAACCGAUUUUGAAGAAAAUCGUGAAAACCUGUGCCGCUUAUUUGGUGGACAUUCAUCAUGGAAGAAAACCGCCAAAGUCGAACGAAGAUGAUGGUCCGGUAAGAGACAACUAUACUAACGCAGACCUAUUAUACUUCUUGAUGAUACAACUUUACUUAUGUAAUUGGGCUCCAUACACUCCAGAAUUAUCAGGUUGAGGACGUCGGCCGCCAGCACGUUGAGAAAUAUCAGAAGUUGUUGCAUCAAGUUAGUCGGACUUUGUGCGAAGUAAGUCUUGGGCAUAGAACUGACGCUGCGUCCUUCAUCAUCGUUAUGGAGAAGUCUUCACACUUGUGUUGUUGUAUUUUUCACAUACUCGAAAAUACAAGUACGACCAUCAACCUGUUAAGUGGAAAUAACUUCCUCGUAGUUGCGCAAGUCGUAGAGGCGUGUCUUGCAUCAUCAUCUUCUUCUAAAGAACAGCGAUUAGCCCUGAUUGUAACGGCGCCGCGCGAUGAGGCAGUGUGCGAGACGGCUUUGCGGUGUCUCACAGCCGUUGUGUCUCGUUAUAGGGCCUACCGAUAUAUCGGAACCGAUGAAGGUGACACAGUUGGUGAGGAGGAGCAGUUUAGAGGGCAAGUUGGGGAUCAAAGUCCAGAGAAGGGGGCCGAAGCUGAUACCCUUCUCGGAGGCGGUCUAGAACAAGUUAUGGCGACUAUCGUUAGCAAUGAGAGUUGCAGUAGAAUGAUAGAUCAUAUCCUCAUAUCUCAAAUUUACAUCGUUAAGCUUCUUUCAUGAACCAAGAACGCGGUGGAAGCAGCAGUUCAUCCGGUGCACCAGCAGGAGCUGAGGCAGCAUCACGAGUCGAGCGCGAACUAGAAGAGCGGAAGGCGUUGAAUGUGUUGACCUCGAUGAUAUUUCAGACUUUGUUACCGGCAAUAGGAGUUUAUCGACCAGAACUUGUCCAGCAACCGCAGACUAUACCAAAGAUUAUGGGAACAAGACUAUACCGAAGAUUAUUAAGGGAGCAUGUUAUCCUUUGCGCCCAAAAGAAGUUAAAAGCUAAAUAGACUUGUCUGUCCGCGGAUUUCUUUAUCUGGAAUUUCGUGGUACUACCGUAAGUGAAUAAUCCACCAGUCGACAUCCACAGCCCCUCUCUCCCUGUUCAUAGCGCUGUGGAAGACUACGAGGAAGUCCUGCUUGGAAUUUGCGAAGCGGUUGCUCAUGUCACAUCCGGACUUGGCCAUUCCUGUUGACGUGCAGAAGCUUGUUGAGGAAGAGGAAGAGGAGCCUGAGAACCCUCAUCCAAAAGAGGGUGCCGGUUUCGGUGAUCCGAUGGGUAUGGAUGUUGACGGGGAAGAGCAGGUACUUAUAAUAUAGUUUCAUGUGGUUCAGUCAUGAGGGUUCUUGUAGCUCUAACGGCGUUUUUACGGUGCAAGAAAUAUCUUUGAACAACCAAGCUGAGAGUUCGUCAUGGUCGAAUCACGACAAAAACUAGGCACCCGGCUCACCAUCUACGAACGUGAAGAAAGAACCGAAGACACCGGGAACGGCCAAGAAAAGAGCAGACCUGCAUUCGGAGCUGAAGUCUGCAAUCGGCAAGGGCAGGGACGUUGUUGCUGAUGAUGACGACACCGAGUCAGAUACGAGACACCGGUGGAGGGUAACAAACUUGAAUGUUAAUGUUCAGUUUACUAGCUGUUUUUUUAGAAUUACGAUGAAAUCUCGACAAGUAGAAAGAAUGUUUAUCUUAGUGUUGUUUAUGUUUGCUACGUCAGUCGUGACUCUUGAGCUUGACCACUUUGGUCCUCGCUUCAGUCCAAUGGACAAUGAAGUUUUUUUAACCUUCUGCCACUUCUCAUUUUCAGACCUACACAAUCGAUCCGAUAGUAUGUUUGAUCCAGUCUCUCUGUGUAAAAGUCUACGAUCGGGCAGACACACGUGAAAUGCUGGCGGAUACAACACUGGACCUUACGAGGGACCUCCCAGAUGACGCAAGGAUCCGAGUUUUUGAGUACUACUGUAAUUGCUUAUCUCGGAUAUCCUUCGGCUAAUCCCUAUCCACCCUCUAGAUGGUUUUUCUCGUCGAUUGGGAUGAUUCCCCAUUGAUACUUUGUUACCAAGACCUCUGAAACUUUCUUACUCCCUUUUUAGGUACUUCUGCUUUAUACUUACUUGACCAAUUCGUGUUCUUCAUCCUUUCCUCAAGGACAGGUUCACCUUAGGCCUGAUGUCCUGCGCACUCGGAAGUAGACGGUCUAUCGCCACUGAGAUUUGCUCAAAGUUGAUGCAGUACACGGCGGACGUGAUCUACGAGACGGCUCAAGCCCAGAACACCACAGAUAUCGUCGCCCAAUCUCCGCAAGGUAUGGCUGAAGAUGAAAUGGAGGUAGAUCCUCCGACAUUAGGAGUAAUCAAGGAGGAGCCAAAAGAUGGAACGCAACAAGAAGUUGGCGGUACGCAAGCAACAGAUUGUCUGUUAGAGCAAGAUGCGUUGGCGCCUAAAGUUCCUCCAUUGCCUCAUCGAGCGCGGACGAGUCUCCAACCUGCCAAUGGCGAUUUAUCUUGGCGCCUUUUACGUGCAGUCUAUGAGAGGACGAAAGUUAUGAAAAUGUUUUAGUACGAAUGCGUGCUUGUCUAAACUUGGGAGUUGUACUAGUUUGGAUGUCAACAUCGUAGUCUGAAGAUAUGUAAUGAAAGUUGACUCAUUAGGCAAAGAUCUUCUAAUCGGAACUCCCUCCCUGCAGUCCGCGGCAAAGCCUUGAAUUGCUUGGGCACUGGCAUCAAGCUUUUGACACCCGAACAACGUCAGCUCACAUUGGGAGACAGGAAGAGUGAGUACUUUGUAGACGUAAGCAAACUCUGGGAGGGCGCGAUAGUAGACGAGAAACCGGCUAUGCGAACUGCGGCAGUGCAGCUUUUUGAUUCUCUCUUGGACUUCGUGAAAGACCACAAAGAAACGCUGAAGCUCUGUCCGUUGAAGCUGUCCAGUUUGCUGUCGGAUGAUAGUGUACUCUUUUCUUGCUGAACAAUAUCGUUUCGUGAAAAUUCUUGAAUACAUUUUAACAGAAUACAUUUUAACAGUCAACUGAGAGUUGUAUUUCCAAAUCCGAUUUUUCUGGAUUCGAACAUCCUCUUCAGGUCAACGUCCGCAAACGAGUUGUUAUCUCGCUGACGAACUAUCUUCGAAGUUGCGGCGAUGAAUCUCGUGUAGUGCGCGAAACAUGGACAAGAGCGGUCAUUGGUGCAGUCGUGGAUGUUGAAGCCAGCGUUCAUUAAGGCUUUCCGCAACUCAUUUUGAGACGCAUCUUUGACCCCUUCAGUAUUAAAGGGAAGAAAACACGGCAAAGAAUCUUUUCAAGAUGAACAUGGGUAAGCUCUAAGCUCAAGAUAAAGCACUCGAAAUGAUCAAGGAUAAUAUCUUCAAGCCCUUAAUCGCCUGGGCAGACAAUCCUCAAUUCAAGACAAAGCGUGUUCUGCCACGCACAGUAGGAAACGCGGGAAAGCGAUGUUUAUGGACGACAAAGGUGUAGUAGGGGUUAUUACUUAGAAGUAAAUACAUGUAGAUGUACAUCUUUUCAUCCUCUUCAAGAACACCUUGGUUGAUUAGUCUAAAGAGAUUGUUCCUGUACGAGAUCCAUUGAUGGCUAUCCUAUCAUGUUGUAACUAAAGGCACAAAACCAAGUCCACACCUCCUCUCGAACCACGUCCGCUGGAGAAUUCGCGCCGUCUUUUAAAGAAUUCCCAACGAGCUGGGCUCAGGAUGAGGAAGCUCAAGAUGGGGAGGAAGGACGGGCUAAGAAAAGGAGGAAGUGUGAGAAGGGAGAUGAGGGCGACGAACCGCAAGAAGAAGGACAAGUUGAAGACGAUCAGGUGGCACCAGACGACGAAGUGUUUUUAUGAUACUAGAUUAGAAAUGCAAAGUCUAUGAUCUUCCUUGGUUCAAAAACAUUAGUCAAACUAGACUAGAAACACUUGCGCUUCAACGUCUAUUUCUAAUAGCUACACCGGCCGGCGCAGUCUUCGACGUGUUAGAGGCGCUUGAUAGCGAUUCAGCCGAAUACCUGCAGAGGGCCGUCUCGAUGUACAACAACACAGCACGCCCAAAAGUCUGCACCGGAGAAAAAGACUUCGAAAAGCUGUUUAUGGCUUGAUGGCAUUGUGGGCAUGAUUUAGAGCAAUUCUUCUGCAGUUGUGUCUUAGAGCAAUUCUAACUUCCACAAAGCCUUGAAAGAAAUUGUGCAGUUGUGUCUAGAGCGCAUGCCGGAUUGGAGAGGGUGGCCCCUACCUGUGUGGCAAAUGCUUGACGAGGCGGCAGUGAAAGACCCCAAUCAAGGUCGUCUCCUUGAUUUUUCGACUUUUGUUAUGGAGUGUGGGAGUUGCUAGUCGCUCUAGCUUUCAAUCGUUGCGCUAACAAUUAUAGCCACUGUCGUACUAGUGCUUCUUAGCUAUAGCUACUCUUUUACAAUACGCAUACGCAACAUGGCAUCAGGCAUCCUCAUCUCCCUCUAAGGUCCUCAUGCUCUUCGACAGGGUGAAAGACGAUCGUGACGCUUCUUUGGUAGCCGCUAAGACGCUUUGCUUGCUGCAGCGCGUCCCCGCAACCUGUAUACCACAGGCUGAGGUGGACAGCUUUUAUGGAAGGAAUUUGAUAGUGUUACAGAAGUACCGAAAAAUUCUUAUCACGGCAGCGCUUUUCUAUCAUUUCGAAAAGCGACGUCGUUUGUGUUGUUGAUAUGGUUUUGUCGCUUGAAAUGUGAAGGUCUCUACCUCAUUUGACUGCAGAGAUCGAUCUAUGUAUUGUUAGCACCAUAUUCAGCUUUCCACCUCCUUGCUUUCAUAAGCAAGUGGUGCAAUUCAAGAAGAGGCUCAUGGAGUUUUCUGCGCAACCUAUGCUGAUUUCAGAGAUGAUGAAUUGUUUGCAGCAUUUUGCCGGAACUCUCGAUAACCAAGCGAAGAAGAAGCCAGGGAAAAAGGAGGAUCCAAAGAGCAAUCCAGCCUCGACCGGCAAAGCCAUCUUAUGAGACUCACUUUAUUGUGCUUGUGAAUUCAUUUUGUGGGCCUUGCGCCAAGUGGUGCACUGGUCAUGAAUGACCGACCACACAUAACAGCUGCAGGAGUGUGCGUUGGCAGUCGUCAACUGCGGCGUGGGCCCGGAGAUAGAACACGACGAGCCAGGAGCGAAACAAGGAGACAGCGGUGGGCGCCCCAGAGUGGGCCGCAAAUUCUGGUGGGAGUCGAGGGGGGCCGACGCUCUCGCAGUCGCCAAUGAAGUUGCGCCGUGUCCUUCGCCAGAGGGGGCCCCUGGCUGAGGCACUUAGGCCGUCCAAACAUGCCGCAGGGAAUUCAGCCGGGGGGCUGGGGGAUAAAAGCCCGCGGGCGGACCCAAAGGGAGAGGCCGGCUUCUUGACGUGAGAGACGAGGGAGGGAGGGUGACCCCCUGGCAAAGCUCGCGGGGCCUUCCUUCGCUCCGCGUGAGUCCUUGGGGGCAAACGAUCUGAGCUACGGCGGGCGCCGGCUGAUGAUCUGGAGCCCCUCGGUUCAGCUAGUUGCGCACGCAGCGGAUUAAGCUUGGCGGGGCUGGCAGUCUUGGCGUGGAGCUUUGCAAGGGGUUGGCGCGUGCUGCUUUCUUGGCCGUCGGCCUACUCACUGCCCCCAUGUCGUGGCCCUGAGCAAAGCUUGGCGGGUGUUUGUUCUCGUGUGUGGCUGGCUCGGGGUGAGUGUCUGCCGUCGCGCUUGUGUGUCAGUCAGUCUUCUUUGCUUCUGGUGUCGAUCUAUGGAGUGGCAGCCAGGGGAUAAUUUGCAGCCCGAGCGGGGUGCCUUUUGCCUUCUUUGGACUGAUAAUUCGGCACGCUGUCUACGCGUUCGCUAGACUGACUCAUAAGGUGGCCAAAACCCUCCGACGAACUCUAAUUCUCACAGUAGCGAUCUCCAAUGAGCGAAAAGAGGCAGCAAAACAGGGGAUGAUCGAGCUCCGAGAUGAGAUCCAGAGUCGUUUGAUGCUUCUCUGUCGGGGUGAUGCGUAUUUGGAAAGACAGGAAUCGCAAUCAGCUGCUAGUCCAGAGGACUCGCCGCUUUCAGAGGGUGGCAGCGUUAGUAGUUAUGGGAGACACACGCAUACUUGAUAUAGUAGUCACAAAAUAUUCAUGCCACUUGGUCGGCUGUCAUUUCGGGGUGCUAGUAGGGCGAGCAUGCUAGGUAUUAACAGUAUAUACUUCCAACUCGAUAAUUUUCAGACUCUAACCAGACUGUAAGAAGCGAAAGCGCAGGGACCGUCUUACGUAUCGCGAGCGCCUGAAUUUACGAAAAAGCUGGGUUAUUUGUUGUUCUCAAAAUAGACAGUGCAUUGCCUCUCGUGCGAGGCGUCGUUCAGAACGAGUGCUGCAUCAGGGUAUAAUUUAUUCUUUCUGUUCUGAAAUUCAAUAAUUCUUUUGUAUAUUUUCAUGGUGGAGGUGUAGAUUUUUAUGGUUCGCCAAUAUUCCGCUUCUCAUCUUCUAAUCAACGUCCAGAACCAUUUGUUCACACUGGGCGAGAUCGCACUGGCUGAGCCAUCACUUCUGAACUGGGAAUUAUUGACCGCUCUGCAGCAAUACAUCUGCAACGACGGUUGCUACCAAGGCGCAUCAAGGAUUUCGGUACUUCCAUAUCCAUAGUACGAAUACUUCUUAGAUGAUCCUACCUGGUACGACAAUACUUCAGGUGAUUGUGUUUUUAAUUUGUGCGCCACGACAAUACUUUAUGUGGUUGUGUUUUGAAUUUGUGCGCCAUGAUACUGCAAGUCCUAUUGAGUGAUGUCUGACAAGAAUUACUUUCUAAUCGAUGAUACUAACUACUCACACAUCGAAAGAAUGAAAACAAGAACUACUUAUUUAAUUAUGAGAUAGAAAGAAACCAAUCUGCCAAUCAUCUGAACAGCUGCCUUCGGUGGUGCGAGCUCAGGCCUACAUCACAUUGAUCAAGUUUUAUCUGCGGGACGUGAAUAAGGCCCGGAAAUACCUUCGUGCCUUGAUUAUUCCGCUUGCCAAGAAGCAGGAGCCCUUUGUGGUGAAAAACAACAUCGUGGUGGGCUUAGGCGACAUGAUGCAGGCUCAUACGCUUCUAGUCGACCCGCAUCUUUUACGAUAGUGAAUUGUUGGUCCGCGUUGAUCCGCAUUCCCUUUCCUCUCCGUCCUCUCUGUCACUUGUCUACUUCUACUGUUCAUCCUUCUUCUCUUGCCUCUAUAGUUCCCCGGGACCGAGAUGGCCUCCUUCUCUUCCUCUCUAAGACUAGAAUGGAUAUCUGCUCAGCUUCGCAGUGAGACGUCUAUCCUUCGCAAACAGACAGCUAUGGUUCUGUCAAGUCUCCUAGCCGAGGACUUCGUGAAACUUAGCAGAGGCGACGUGAAAUAUCGCCUUGUCUACGCGUUGUCGGACCCAAGUGAAGAUGUCAGGUACUGUGAUAUCCUUUCGAUGAUGAAUAUCUAGUGAUCUAAGAAUUAUGCGCUAUGUACACGUUCUGUAUUUUGCUCUUCGAUGAAUAGCCAGUAAGUAAUCUAAUUGUGCUCGAUGUACUAGCAGUUCUACACCUGCUUCUUAUUUUUCUCCCUCAAACUUUCAACAUCAGGCAUUUCGUCGAGAGCGUCUUCUGUAAGAUUCUGCAGCCGCGGGACAAGGAAAAGCAGCUUUUCUUCAAGAGCUUCUCGGAGAUGCUUUGUAGCAUAAUUAUGGGUUAUUUGUCAACAUUGUGCUGAUAUAAGUAGGAAGCGUUGUACUAGCUGCACUCGAGGCCGAGUUCGAGCAACCUUCUUUCAACAAUUUGUCACCUAAAAAGCGCACCUCCUUUGCGAGUCCUUUCUCAGUUGCGAGUGAUCCGUUUAUAUCCGGCGCUAACAUCUAUGGUUUCGAUCAGAUUCCCCAAUUCAGCAAGACCGCGAAGGAGAUGAAGAGCUUUUCCCUCGAAAAAUUUCCGAACAGGAGAGCCAUGAUUUUCAAUUAUGAUGUGAAGACACAUCUAUGCUUAUAAUAUUGAUUAUUAGUCAUGAUUAUGCUUGAUUUAGUCUAGAUUCUAUGCUCAUAAUAAUGCGAAGAAUCAGGAAGAUUCGAGUAGAAGUAAAACGCUGGUGCUUUUCUCCACUAGGGUGUGGGCUGCUUUAUCCUGCAGUCAAAUGCACGGACGUUUGAGGACGAUGUGUUGGUGUUUACCGGCUAUUAAAUAUUCCUCCCAUACUCCUCCUUACUCCCUCUUUCGUUCUCCACCGUCACUUAGAAUUUACAGUCCCUACGCCUUGCAUCCACGUGUCCAUUCAAAACUACUUCUGUAAUAAAUUUGUUCCUAAUUAUGACCUCCCGGCAGCUGAACGAGCGGAGUACUCCUCUGCACAGAUGCAGUCAGUUUCUUUCUUUGCAGUGAAAUAGUUUCUUGAAUUCUAAGGCCAAUGAGAUUGUUCCUAAUUAUUCCCCUUAUUAGUUCCUAAUUAUUCGCCUUAACCAUGUAGUCUACUUUCAAAGUCAGUCAUUUCGAGAGCCUCUCUAAUGUUAAUUCUUCCUAAGCCAGAUGCCUAUCGAGCAGCGAUGCAUAUUGCCAAUUGCGCUGUGCAAGGAGGUGCUGGAGCCUUUUUGCUUCGGAGAUGGUGGUAUAGUUAAGGCAUUGGCCUAAGAUUUGGGCUUACGUAGUAGGCCAUCGUCUUCGAACAUGGUCGAUUCAGCCAGUGCGGACUCUCAUUUCUGCUAGCAAAACGGAAGGGUAGAAGUCCGAAAGAUAAAAUUAGAACCAGAAUUGGGGCAACUUUCUGUCAGAGUAGUUUAUAGCACGCAUGGUGCAUGGAGUAGCAUGGAGUGCAUGGAGCGCAGAGCUUUAAGGGGCGCAAGAAGCUCCCCCUUUAGCUCCAUGCUACUCCAUGUGAUCCAUGCACUCCAUGCCAUGCGAGCUGUGAAACCUUAUAAACUGCUCUAUGAUAGAUUUAAGUCUACUGUGUAGUACUACCAAGAGUUCUCUCCUUCUAAGCCACGACGUGAAAAGUUUAUUCUGUAGUACUACCAAGAGUUCUCUCCUUCUAAGCCACGACGUGAUAAGUCUACUGUGUAGUACUACCAAGAGUUCUCUCCUUCUAAGCCACGACGUGAAGAGGGGACGCCAGUACCACAAACUGACGGAGAUCCUGGCGCCACGGUGUUGA